AGAAGGAGGGUCGCGGGAGAGAGAGAGAGUGAGGGAGAGAGCGCGAGCCUGGCUGCGCUCCUUUCCUUUCGGCUUCCUCUUUGGCGCCGCGAGGAGCGCGGAGAAGGAGCCGGAGAAAGAGGAGGAGGAGGAAGCGGUGUGGGCUCGCGUUAAAGUGGGAGGAGGACAGCGUGAGGACUGUCCAGGGAGGACCAUCGCGGGGAAACUCAUUGUCCAAGUUGAGAGAGAGAGAAAGAGAGAGUUUGCAACUCUCCGAUGAUGACUCCCGGGGAGGAGCCCGCUCUCGCGGCGCCCUGAGAGAGGACAGGAGGCACACGGGUGUCGGUUUUGGGAACCCCGAUGGAGCCCAAGGGCGAGGAGGACGCGGAGCUGCCGCCGGACCCGGAGGGCGGCCCGUCUCUGGCCCUGGCGGGGCGGAAGAGGGAGCGGCGGAGCGGGGUCCUGCCCGACGCCCACGAGGCCGGGCUCCUGGAAGCCGCGCGCGCCGCCCCCAGGCGCAGCAGCAUCAUCAAGGACCCUGCAAACCAAAAAUGUGGGCAGAAGAAAACAGUGUCCUUCAGCAGCAUGCCAUCAGAGAAGAAAAUCAGUAGUGCAAAUGACUGCAUCAGCUUCAUGCAAGCUGGUUGUGAACUGAAGAAAAUCCGGCCAAAUUCUCGUAUUUAUAAUCGAUUUUUUACUCUUGACCCUGACAUGCAAGCACUACGUUGGGAGCCAUCUAAAAAGGAUCCUGACAAGGCUAAACUUGAUAUUUCUGCUGUAAAAGAAAUCCGAUUGGGUAAAAACACUGAAACAUUCAGAAACAAUACUCUUGCGGAUCAGAUUUCUGAAGACUGUGCCUUUUCCAUAAUUCAUGGGGGGAAUUAUAACUCUCUGGACUUAGUUGCCAAUUCAGCAGAUGUGGCCAACAUUUGGGUAUCAGGUUUGAGAUACUUGGUUUCCCGAAGCAAGCAAUGUCUGGAUUUAAUAGAAGGUAGUCAGAAUACUCCACGAUUUGUGUGGCUUAAAUCUGUGUUUGAAGCUGCAGAUGUUGAUGGCAACGGGAUCAUGUUAGAAGAUACAGCUGUGGAAUUAAUAAAACAGCUGAACUCUGCCUUAAAGGAGUCAAAAAUCAGGUUGAAAUUUAAGGAAAUCCAGAAGAGCAAAGAGAAACUAACAACUCGUGUAACAAAAGAGGAAUUUUGUGAAGCAUACACUGAGCUCUGCACUAGACCUGACGUUUAUUUUUUGCUGGUCCAGAUAUCCAAAAACAAAGAAUACUUAGAUGCCAAUGACUUGAUGCUUUUUUUAGAAGCUGAGCAAGGGGUCACAAAUAUAACUGAAGAAAUGUGUCUUGAUAUUAUUCGUAGGUAUGAAUUUUCAGAGGAAGGGCAGUUGAAGGGUUUUCUUGCAAUUGAUGGAUUUACUCAAUAUUUGUUGUCCCCAGAAUGUGAAAUUAUUGAUCCCACACAUAAAAAGGUUGUCCAAGACAUGACCCAGCCUUUAUCACAUUAUUAUAUCAAUUCAUCUCACAAUACCUACCUGAUAGAAGACCAGGUCCGAGGGCCGGCAGAUAUCAAUGGCUAUGUCAGAGCACUGAAGAUGAACUGUAGAAGUAUUGAACUUGAUGUUUGUGAUGGACCAGAUAAGGAGCCCAUAAUCUGUAAUCGUAACAGCAUGACUUCACCUUUAUCAUUUCAAUGUGUCAUCGAUGUGAUCAACACAUUAGCCUUUGUUUCAUCAGAGUAUCCUCUUAUUCUCUGUUUGGAAAACCACUGCUCUAUACAGCAGCAGAAAGUCAUGGUGAAACAAAUGAAAAAGACCUUUGGAACCAAGUUGUACACUGAUGCACCAUUUCCAUCUGAAACAUAUCUUCCCUCUCCAGAAAAACUGAAAAUGAAAAUCAUUGUGAAAGGAAAGAAACUGCCAUCUGGUGAAGAUCUAUUAGAAGGAGAAGUCAGUGAUGAAGAUGAAGAGGCUGAAGUAUCUCGAAGAAUGUCUGAAGUGUGUGAGGUGUUACCUAAGAGAUCCUGGUUAUGCAAGGAACUGUCUGAUCUUGUCUCUAUAUGUAAAUCUGUCCAGUUCACAGAUUUUGAGAGCUCCAUGAAAAACCAAAAUUACUGGGAAAUGUGUUCCUUCAGCGAAGCUGAAGCUAGUCGAAUUGCAAAUGAGUGUCCAGAAGACUUUGUAAAUUAUAAUAAGAAAUUUCUGUCUCGGAUAUACCCUAGUUCCAUGAGAAUAGAUUCUAGUAACUUAAAUCCACAAGAUUUUUGGAAUUGUGGCUGCCAGAUAGUCGCAAUGAAUUAUCAAACACCAGGACCCAUGAUGGAUUUACAUACAGGAUGGUUUUUACAAAAUGGGGGAUGUGGUUAUGUCCUUAGACCUUCUGUUAUGCGAGAAGAGAUUUCUUACUUCAGUGCAAAUACAAAAGGCAUAGUCCCAGGGGUUUCUCCUCAAGUCCUACAUGUCAAAAUCAUCAGCGGCCAGAACUUUCCAAAACCCAAAGGUGCUUGUGCUAAAGGGGAUGUCAUAGAUCCCUAUGUUUGCCUAGAAAUCCAUGGUAUUCCUGCAGAUUGUACAGAGCAGAGAACUAAAACUGUACAGCAGAAUAGUGAUAACCCCAUUUUUGAUGAGAGUUUUGAGUUUGAGAUAAAUCUGCCAGAGCUUGCUAUGAUGCGGUUUGUUGUGUUGGAUGAUGAUUAUAUUGGCGAUGAGUUCAUAGGUCAAUGUGCCAUCCCUCUAGAGUGUUUGCAGCCUGGCUAUAGACAUAUACCUCUGCGCUCUUUUGUGGGAGACGUCAUGGAGCAUGUUACACUUUUUGUGCACAUUGCUAUAACAAAUCGAAGUGGAGGAGGGAAGACACAAAAGCGUGGUCUGACUGCAAGAAUUGGGAUGAAAACAAGAGACUAUACUAUGCUGAGGAAUACAGGCCUUAAGAUUCUGGAUGACAUCUUCAAACUAGCAGUACAUCCGUUAAGAGAAGCGACAGACAUGAGAGAGAACAUACAGAAUGCAAUUCUCUCUGUUAAAGAGCUUUGUGGACUCCCACCAAUUACCAGUUUGAAGCAGUGCAUUUUGUCCAUGUCUGCACGACUCGUCAACAGCGAUAAUGUUCCUUCAGUGGUCCUCUGUAUGAAAGACAGCUUCCCUUUCCUGGAAUCUUUGGGGUCUCUAACUGACAUUCAAAAAAAGGUUCUUGCUGCAUACAACCAGAUGAUUCAAGAGAACAAAACACUAAUAGAAACUGCAGUCACCGUUCAUGACAAGAUUGUCGAGUGCCAGAAAGCAGCAAUGCACCUUCAUGAAGAACUUCAUAACCUAGGAACAAAAGAAGGCUUGAAAGGAAGAAAGCUCAGCAAAGCCAUUGAAAGUUUUGCAUGGAACAUCACUGUGCUGAAGGGGCAAGGGGACCUCUUGAAGAACGCCAUGAACGAAGCCAUUGAGAACAUGAAGCAAGUUCACUUGGCUUGCUUGUCAUGUGGACUGAGCAAAACGGGAGGUGGGAGUGUGGAUGCUAAGUCCAAGCGAAGCCUCGAGGCCAUAGAAGAGAAGGAGACCGGCGAUGAGAACGGGAGGCUGUGAAAGAAGUCUGUGCUGCCUGGGGUGUCAUAUAUUUCAAUAGCCGGAAAUUAUUUUUUUAAUGCAUUUAAAAAAAAGAGGAGAAAAAAAGAUUACACAAGAAUGCCCUCUACAGGGUGUCAGAAGUAUUAAGUCCUCACAAUGCCAGUGUUUUCUUGCAGUUCAUUUAUCUAAGUUUGAACUUUCUUAGUAGUGACAUUUCUAAACAUUUCAAACACUGUAUAUGUGUCUGUCUGUGUGGGGAGAUCCCAGUAAAACCUCUGCCAUGAGUUACUUUAUUAGCUCUGCUCCUUAUUUAUUUUGUUGACAUUUCUGACCAGAUUUUUAUAAAACUUAGGUGGAUAGAGAGAGUAUAUAACACAUUGAUUUUAUGCCUGGUUUUACUGUGCUAUUCUUUUAGUGGCAGCUUCUAAUGCACUGUCUUACAGAUUUUACCAGCAAAACAAAACAAAAGGCCAAAGAGAGAGAGAGGGGGGGGGGAAUUCUUUUAUUGGCAUGGAUUAAUAAUGGGUUUCUUAGUAUAGCAGGAACACUAAAUAAUUAAACUACCCAUUAAAUUAAGCUGAUGAAAUAUUAAGUAGUCAGAACAUUUUUGACAGAUCUCCAUUGGAUUUCUGAUGAACAUUCCACUGACUUUUUGCUAAUCACAGUUUCAAUGCAUUCAUAAAAUGUUAUUGGUAGAAAUUGAUCCGUAUUUUUAAUUCCAAAAAGAUGUAUCAAAUUAAUUUGAGCUCUGCAAAAUGCUGUUGACUAAGGUCCCUUCUACGCUGCCAUAUAAUUCAGAUUAUCAAAGCACAUAAUCUACAUUAUCUGCUUUGAACUGGAUUAUAUGAGUCUGCGCUGCCAUAUAAUCCAGUUCAAAGCACAUAAUCUGGAUUUUAUAUGGCAGUGUCGAAGAGGCCUGAGUGAUACCAGGCUUUGAUUUUAUGAAGUGUGAGGAUUUGUUUAGAUACCAUAUAUUUAGCCAGGAGGCAAGUUGGUGCAGCGGGUUAAACAGCUAAGCUGUAGAACUUGCUGACCGGAAAGUUGGCAGUUCGAUUUGGUGAGAUGGCGCGAGCUCCUGCUGUUAGCCCCAACUUCUGCCAAUCUAGCAGUUUGAAAACAUGCAAAUGUGAGUAGAUCAAUAGGUGCCGCUCCGGUGGGAAGGUAACGGUGCUCCAUGCAGUCAUGCCAGCCACAUGACCUAGGAGGCAUCUACGGACAACGUUGGCUCUUUGGCUUAGAAAUGGAGAUGAGCACCACCAUCCAGAGUCAGACUCGACUAGACUUAAUGUCAAGGAGAAACAUUUACCUUUACUAUAUUUAACCAUUUUUGGAGUUAUCUUUCUUCAUUCCAGAAUGUUAUUUUCCAUUGCCUUUGUCUGAAAGGAGAUUGUAUAAACUGUGUGCCUGAGAUUAAAACUCGGAGAUACUCAUUCUCUUCUCUACACUGAUGUAAACAGUCCCAAGCAAGUCCCAUUAGCAAGGGCUGCAUCUUGUGGUAUCUGCCAAAAACACUUAAGCACCCGUCUACAAAUUUUUAGCCGUCUUUCUAAUCUUAAAUAUGUGUACUGUUCUUUUGUCAUUUGUAAUCUGACUUCAGAUAACAAAUCUUUAAAAUGUAAGAAGCCAUGCUGAAACAAAUACAAAACAGGCCUUAUUUCGUUUGUGUCUGAGAACAAAUUUGAACAACCAAACUAGGUCGGUACAAAUAUAAGAUAAACUAGUCAGAGAUUGGGAUCUGAGUUACCGUUUAAUAAAUAACACAUACAUCUUGUUACCUUAUAUAUUGUCAUGUGACUUGCUGUUAGGUUAAUUUUGUAACAAAGCUCUACCAUCCAAAGCUGAAAAUGAAUUAGCUGAGUCACAAAAACUAACAAGCGUUGCAAGUUGUGCUUAUGGUCAUGGGUCUGUUCCUGAAUAAAUGAAGCUCUCCAUGAUCUACAUGUAAUCUAUAUUUUCACUGUGUUGUCGAAGGCUUUCAUGGUCAGAAUCACUGGGUUGCUGUGAGUUUUUCGGGCUGUGUGGCCAUGUUCCAGAAGCAUUCUCUCCUGACAUUUCACCCUCACCUAUGGUAGGCAUCCUCAGAGGUUGUGAGGUUUUAAGCUGAAAGGCCAUUCAAUGCUAAUCAUUCAAGGUGAUUAAUUACAACAUUCACACUUUUCUCCAACAGAAAAGAGUUCCUUCUCCCACCCUGGACCUUCCACAGAUAUAUAAACCCCACUUGACUAGUUUCCAACAGACCUCACAACUUCUGAGGAUGCCUGCCUUAGAUGUGGGUGAAACGUCAGAAGCGAAUGCUUCUGGAACAUGGCCAUACAGCCCAGAAAACUCACAGCAACCCAGUACAUUCUCACUAUACCAGUUUGAUUCUAAGGACCUAAACACAAUGUGCUAAAAAUCUCAAGGCAGCCUGGCAGGCUCACUAAAGGAUAAUGGCAGAGAUAAAUAGCUUGAAAAACAAGAUAGUUAUCUUAAUCUAAUGUUCCAUAGAAGCUUGUUGAAAUUUUGAGAAUAGAUCAACUGUUCUGCUAGAGUUGUGUCUCAUAGGGGUACACAUAAACACAGAGUCUCUAUUUCACCAUCUGUAAUUGUGUCUGGCUCAAAUAUUUUCAGUGAUGUUCUUCUAUUUCAAUUUCUUAAGCGCUUUGAGUAUGUAUUUGCAUUACCUCUAUUAGAAAUGGGUGUUCUAUGGAUGUAAGACACACUAUUUACUUAAAGCAUUUAAAAUGCUUUUUAAAAUUAAUUGGUUAAACAAAUGUGCCAAUCUUUCUCAGUUUAACAAAAGGCCAAUUGUUGAGAAUUUGACAGACUGAAAAUCCUAAUGCACUAAGUUAUUUUUUUCUUGAUCUCUUAACAACACUAUCAUGUUCAUGUUGCACAUUUUUGCGAGAGUAAAACUAUGGAAAAACAUUGA